AACCAAAGAACAAACGUCGGCAAUUGAAUUGCGUUCAUUAUUCUGAGGAUUGAUACCCUGUAAUACCAUAGUUUUUUGCUAUAAAUUGGCAAGCGGGAUUUACGCAGAGCAUCAGUUCCUUGUUUCAUUUCAAAACGAUCUGUGCUCAAGCAUUUGAAAACUAAUUCUAUUUAAAAUGAAACUAUUCGUAGCUGCUAUUUUUGGCCUUUUGGCUUUUGCCUCUGGCGAUGUUAGCCAUUUGUUGAAUACGUAUUUGCCACCAUUCCAGCAAAAAUACCCGGCUCCAUCGAAUCAAUACUUGCCUCCCGUUCAUAACACCUAUUCUGGUCCAGCACUGCAAUCAUUCUCAUCUUAUUCUGUUCGCCAACCUGAAAAUAUUUACUCUGCUCCAGCCGUGCAAUCAUUCUCAUCCUAUUCUGCCCCGACGGUGCGUCGACAUCAGCAAUAUUUUUCUGCUCCUUCUGUUGAAUAUUUACCUCCAGUCCACACAAGUUACUUGGCCCCUGCUACUUUCCAUCAACAAUCAUUUUCCACUGGUUCUGGAAGUUAUUCCUCAGUUGGCGCUGACAUUGGUACUCAAUACGCUGCCAACGGUGGUUAUGUCUACAGGAAGAAGUAAAUAUUUGUCAUUAGUUGUCCUUAAUGUUUGCGAACAUUCCUACAAUUAUCGUCAAAGUAAUUAGAAGUCAUGUAAUGUUUGCAGAAAAUGAUUA